ACAGACAUGACGUCACAGUCAAAUUUUAACACUUUAUCGAAAUCUUAGGUCACCCUCUGUUUCUUUCGCGGAUUUGACGCGUGUGAGUGUGUGGAGUACAAACAAAAACUCAUUUCCCUUUACGCUAGUGUAAGUGAGUCAGAUCAGAGGAAACGAUCGCUUUUGUUUGACAUCGCAAGUCACGUGGCCACAACUGAACUUGGAGGAACGGGAAAUAUAUUAUCGCUGCUCAGCUAAUAGCGCCGGUGGAAAAAGAAAUCGGAAACGCUGGGUUUCCGUCGACUAUCGCUGUCCACUCCACGAUAGCCCCGACAAAUUACUUAAUCUCAAGCCUGACGUCUGGUUGGACCGGACGCCACUGCUCCUGCGCAGUAGAUCAUAGACGUAUGAUUUCGGGUGUCUAAGAAAACCAGAUCGCCUUCGCUGUGUAAACAAAUACUCCAUGUUCCUUGUCUGAGUAUGGAAGCCGGCUUUCGUCUGUACAGUCAUUAAUUAUAAGUCCCCCUCGACCAUCCGUCCAGUAGAAAAUGCCCGCUUGGAAGAGUGACCUGUCCGGAAUGGAUUUCCUACAGGUGGGCUCGAGCGUGCUGCUGCCCGUCCAGAAGAUGAACAGUUCCGACGACGAUAGUGUGGACAGCGGCUCUCUACCAUGGGUGGACGAUACCGCUUUCGACGAACUGGACGCCUAUCUGCACGAAAAUCCACCAGGAUGGAGUCCUUAUUGUGAAUGCGAAGACAACAGGUUCUCCAUGUGCUCCUUCUGUCUUUCCAAUUCCUCGGAUAGUCUUUUUUCACUGCCUGCCGAUGACACCAGCAGGUGUGAUUUGUUCCCAGCUGCUGAGCAGUUACUAGAUUCUAAUCAACUCCUGUUCGACCGCUUGUACGAUCUGAAGGAAAGGGAUGACCUAGUUGUCUUGGGGGUCGACCUUCAGGCUUUGUCUUCAGCAGUGCUUUCGUGUGAAGAGACUUCCAAUCCUCUGUGUGGUACAGUGCCGUCCUCUUACCCUCAUCAGAACUUCAACAAAUCAUUAUCCAACAUCGGCGGACAGCAGGAUUACACCAGGUUGCUCUGCAACACCAACAAGCAGCAGGUCCCUACCAGAACUCCUGCGCAUCCGGAAUGGUUUCAGAACCUAACGGGUCCCACCAGUAAUGGACUUGCUGCUUUUGGUAUGCCAGCUGCACCAAAAGCUCCUCAGCAAAGACAGCGUCGCGGAGGAGGUCGCAGGGCCGCCUCAACCCCGGACGAGGACAAGAUAUUCCCCUGUCCUUACGCCGGCUGUGCUCGAGUCUAUUCCAAGAACUCUCACCUGCGCGCGCACCUUCGUCGACACACCGGCGAGAAGCCUUUUGUGUGUCAGUGGCCUGGCUGCAAGUGGCGUUUCUCGCGUUCGGACGAGUUGGCCCGCCACAAGCGUUCGCAUUCUGGCGUGAAACCUUACCAGUGUACAGUGUGUGGCAAGCGCUUCGGACGCUCUGAUCAUCUCGCCAAACAUGUUCGCAUUCAUCGAAAACAAGGUUAUGUCAUUCCACCGAAGACAAACUCUAAGGCGUCUUCCGUUAAAGUGCAAAUUUUAAAUCCACGCGCCUGAUCCAAUGUUUCCUUUCUUCUUUCUGUUACAGUUGCCAAAGAAUAAAUUAUUAUUUUUUAUUUGCA